AUGAAGCUAUUUUGGAUGGGGGUCAUUCCUACAAGGAGAACUCGGUUUGUGUUUUUGAGUUUUGUUUUGAAUCUGUUAUUUCCUUGCAACUCCAGUACAGACCUUAGCCUGCAAUGUCGAAUGAUACCCAAUACUAUGCCUGUGCUGGAGAAAAAGGGGGACAUCGUUUUGGGAGGCCUCUUUUCCCUUCAUGACAUGGUGGAGGAGCAAAGUUUACCUUUCACCUCACAGCCUCCUAAACGUAAAUGCACCAGGUUCAAUUUCAGAACUUUCCGCUGGAUGCAAACUAUGAUCUUUGCAAUCGAAGAGAUCAAUAAGGAGGGGAAGCUUCUUCCGAACAUCACAGUCGGAUACAAGAUCUAUGAUUCAUGCAGCACACCGCAUCAGGCGUUGAAGGCUGCCAUGGAGCUAAUGGGGGGAGAGAAGAGCUCAGAGGCUGGAGAAAAAACUCAGAGGAAUAGCACUUGCAAUGAAAGCGUGCCAAUGGUGAUAGGAGACGGAGGCUCCACUCAGUCUCUUGUUGUGGCUCAUUUCCUUGGCGUCUUCACCGUGCCACAAAUCAGCUAUUUCUCCAGCUGUGCCUGUCUGAGUGACAAAAAGCAGUUCCCUGCCUUCCUAAGGACCAUGCCGAGUGACUUCUUCCAGGUGGAAGCUCUGGUUCAGCUCGUGAAGCAUUUUGGCUGGACGUGGGUUGGUGUGAUUGCAGGUGAUGAUGCCUAUGGUCGUAACGGGGCAAACAUUUUCGCUAAUGAGGUCAUAAAGUUGGGUGUUUGUGUUGCCUUUCAUAGGAUUAUCCCUAAGAACAGACAGCAGGCGCAAAUUUUACCCAUCAUUUCCGUCAUCCGCCUGUCUGGGGCAAAGGUGAUUCUCGUAUUUGCUGUGGAACAAGAUGCUGCGGCGUUGUUUGACGAAGUACAAAGAAGCAAGCUCACUGGGAUACAGUGGUUAGCCAGUGAAGCUUGGAGCACAGCAGCUGUACUUUCCACCCCCGAAAAGUACCACCACAUACUCCAGGGUACGGUUGGCUUUGCCAUCCAGCAGGCAAACAUUCCGGGAUUGCGAGACUUUCUGCUUCGCUUAAAUCCGUGGAGAUCAGAUGCCCAGACGGAUCCCUUCCUUGUGUCCUUCUGGGAAGAGAUGUUUCAGUGCAGCCUGGGUGUUCAAACUGAAAGUCGGGAAAAGGAAGGUGAAAGUAAGCCUCCAUGCUCUGGAAAGGAAGACCUUGGGAAUGUGACGAAUAUCUAUUCAGAUGUAUCACAGCUGAGGAUUUCCUACAACGUCUAUAAAGCGGUGUAUGCUGUCGCCUAUGCUCUUAAGGCAAUGCAAAGCUGUGUGAAAGGAGAAGGACCUUUUUUUCAGCGGUCCUGUGCAGACCCAGGUGUUAUUCAGCCUUGGCAGAUGGAUCCAAAUGGGAAAAUUGAGUUCAUCAACAUUGGCAAAUUUGAUGGUGUUAAACAACAACUUUACAUCCAUGAAGACAUCAUUUUGUGGAAUGGCAACCAAACCAGGGUUCCCUCAUCAGUAUGUAGCAAUAUUUGUCCUCCAGGCACAAGGAAGGCGAUGAGACCUAACUUUCCUGUUUGCUGCUAUGACUGUGUGGUUUGUACAGCGGGGAAGAUCAGCAAUCUCUCUGACGCCAUAGAGUGUGCACAGUGCCCACCGGAGUUCUGGUCCAAUGCUGAAAGGACCACAUGCAUCCCCAAACGGGUGGAGUUCCUCUCCUUUAGAGACACCAUGGGCAUCACCCUGGUUGCCAUUUCUUUCUUCGGCUCGUUCAGCACUUGCAUCGUGGUCCUGAUAUUUUUCUGCAAUAGAACCACACCCAUUGUCAGAGCUAACAACUCGGCGCUCAGCUUCCUGCUCCUCUUCUCCUUGACUCUAUGCUUCUUGUGUUCUCUGACCUUUAUUGGCCAGCCAUCCAAGUGGUCCUGCAUGCUGCGCCACACAGCAUUUGGGAUCAGCUUUGUGCUCUGUGUCUCCUGCAUUCUAGGGAAGACAUUAGUGGUGCUGGUAGCCUUCAAUGCCAAACUUCCAGGCAGCAAUGUCAUUAAAUGGUUUGGCCCCUCACGGCAAAAAGCAAUCAUCGCUAUUUGUACCGUAACCCAAGUAAGGCUUUGGUGUUUGUUUGUUUUUUUAAAAUUGAUAAUCUGGAAAGAACUUUCAAAAUGUUUGAGUAAGAUAUCUGUGUUUUGUUUUUUGUUUUUUUUUUUGCAGGUCCUUAUUUGUACUGUGUGGCUGCUCGUUGCGCCUCCUGCUCCACGUCAACUGAUACCACGUGAGGAAGACUUUAUCAUUCUCUUAUGUGACGAAGGCUCAUACAUUGCAUUCGCUUUGGUGCUCAGCUACAUCGGGCUCCUGGCAGUCCUCUGUCUUUUCUUGGCCUUCCUGGCCAGGAAGCUUCCCGACAGCUUCAACGAGGCUAGACUCAUCACUUUCAGUAUGCUGAUUUUCUGUGCUGUUUGGAUAGCAUUUAUUCCCGCCUACAUCAGCUCUCCGGGGAAGUACGCAACCGUCACAGAGGUGUUUGCAAUCCUGGCCUCCAGUUAUGGACUGCUGGGUUGCAUCUUUGCCCCAAAGUGUUACAUGAUCCUGCUCAGGCCAGAAAAGAACACAAGGAAACACUUGAUGUCCAAAGCUCCCUCUAGCAAAUUUUAGAUUUUUAACAUCUUGUUUCAUUUCCUAGCCCAAAAGAAAGAAAGUGCUUGUGGAUAUAUUUUACCACCAGAUGGUAGCAGUGAGCUAUUAAGAUCAAUUUAAUCUCUGGCUUAGAAAAAUAAAACCAGGAAUUUCCUUCCUCCUGUCUCACACCUUUCUUCCUACACACUCCCUACCGCUGUCGCCUCCCACACUAACAGCGUUGCAAGACUUCAGAAACAAAGCAAUGUCACACAAAGGAGACGGGAUGAACCUCCACCUCCCGCCACCGUGAAUGUAAAUAUGGAAGACGUCUCAGAGUCGAAUUGUACUAGGAUUUGGCAGUCGUGUCAUUUGCUCAGUUCACAAAAACAGAGAAAGAUGAGGCCCAAGGUUUCUGAGGUGACUCGAUGCAGAAAUCCCAGCCUUCGCUGGUUAAUUGAAUCCUGAUUCUCUAGAGGCUUUCGCAUGAAAACAUCCCGCCUGGCUAUUAACAAACCAAAUUGUGUGACAUUUUGCUUCUUUUCCCAGCUUGAUUAGCACCAGCAGUGCUUAUCCUGGACUGAUGGAUCGGUUGUUGUUUCCCCAGAUAUAUUAAUGUGGCUGAAUAUGACAGAGAGAACAUUACUGGUGUUCAAGAAAUAGACAGGAAAAAAGAUACAAGAAGUUGUUUUUUUUGUAAUUGACCUUGACUCAUAUCAAAACUUCAUUCAGAGAAAUCUUUUCACUUUUUGUCAUUAAAUAAUAAUUUAGAAGCUUUGGAUGGAUCUUUGUUAAUAGUGCACUGUCUGCAAUGAUUAGAAAUGCUUAUGAACGUCGCAAUAUUUGUUUGAUUUCAUCUAGAAAACUGGAACACAUGUAUUCCAAAUGACGGUUGAAUAAUUAAUGUAGUUUGAAUGAGAAAAUGCUGGGUAAUUUCCUCAAUGAGAUGAAAGGAGUGUGAAGUUGUGAACGCGCAGAAAAUAAAUGUUCUUUUUCAGACGCUGUGAAAAGGGAAGAAGUGUGAAGACGAUGAUAUGGGGACAUGUAAUAAGAGAAUGGCUGGCUGUCAUGUACUCAAGUCUUAUCUGUUAAGAUAUCCGGGACUGAGCAGAGGUAUAGUGGAGGUCUGUUCUGUCUAAGUAAAAAUGUUGAGAACUUUCAACCCUAAAGAGAUUGAAGUUGGCAUAUGCUAAGCUAUGAGACAUGCUGUCACAGUUUGAAUGCAAAGAUGAAAAACGGAGAGCUCCUACUGCUACUCAUUAAAUUUGAGCAGACAUGUUAAUAAUAUCAAUGCACUUUCUCUGCCAACACCUUUCAAUGAGGUUAGAACCAUUACUUUAGCUUAAUAGAAUGCAUUAAGGAAGAUAUUUGCUAGAUUGCGAACCCUCUUUCAUUUGCCACCGUUUACAGCCUGGCACUGACAUCUACUUCACAAUUAUAAUGUUUGAGGGUUUUUUUUUUCUCCUCCCACCUUAUUUUGAAGUGUUUGCAAAUAACACCAACAAUUCAGACAAAAAACACAGAAGCAACACUUAGCAUAAUGCUUCUGUGUUCAGCUUAGAAGCAAUAUUUAUUUUUUCCUCUGUAUUUAUUUUUUGGGUGGAGUUCACGCUGUCAGAUGAAACGUGUAACUGAAGCCAAACAAUCCUGGAUUUUGUUGAUGUACCAGCCAUAAAUGUUCAACUUAAUUUGGAAACUGCAUAGAUGUGUAGGUAAACAUUUAAUAUAAGUCUGU